AUGUCGGGCACGCAGUGGGCCAAGAUGUGCCACCAGGCGGGGCUGGUCGACUCUGCGGGGGCCCCCCUCACCUCAGUGGAUGCCGAUCUGGUCUAUGUUGAUGUACAGCGACGAGAGUUUGAAGUGAAAGGGAUGAAGUUCCCCUUCGAGGUCUUCGCCCAGGAGGCCGUCCCAGCUCUGGCUGAGAAGGCCGGCCUGUCGGUACAUGCUGUCAUAUCGCGACUGGCUGCGUUGGAACAGAAUCUCAGCAGUGGAACUCGGCCAACUCUGACGGACAGUUCCGGGCCGAGGGGGAGGGGGUCCAGUGCUCCCGAGGCAGAGAGUGCUGGUCCGGCCCGGCUGUAUUACGAGCACCGUAGACGAUCCAGCAGCCAAGGCAGGAGGAAUUUCAGGAGGCGGUCGGAGGCUGCCGUUAUGGAGGCGCAGCCGAGCGCCGGGACGCUCGACCUCUCACAAAUUUGCGACCGAACUGCAGCGGAUGUCCGCGGAUCGAAAAAAGAGAAAUCAUACGUCCCUGGAAUGACCACUCAUUCUGUACUAAUCUCGAACCGGCUAUCUCAGUCGACCCGGAAUCUCAAGACUCCCGACAGGCGGAGUGGGUCGGUCUCUACUGCUAGCCUUCAGGGUAGUCGAAGUGAAAUGGUUGGACCCGAAAGGUUCUAUUAUGAUACCAAAUCGUACACCGGGACUGCCAAACGGUCCCUAGGAGCACCUCCACUGGACAAGUCCCAUGCUGGUUCCUCGCUGGAGGGCAUUGGGGAGGUGACCGAGGAGGAGACGAAGGGAAUGCUCAUGGACCGACGGCAAGUGGCUCAGGGCAGGCCGGAUCGUGUUGCCCAUGGCAACCCCAGACCCACUGGAGAGGAGGGUACUGCAUCAUUCCCCCUCGAUGGCUUGCCUUCCUACCCUACCACCAGCGGUGUCCUACCCUGUCCAGUGUGCUGGUGGCCUCACAUAGUGGCAGCGGAGGGAACCGCUUAA